AUGCGCAACCUCGUCACCCUCUCCACCCUCGCCGGCCUCGCUUCCGCUGGCACCAUCACCGUCGACGUCCACAAGCAACUCGCCGCGGAGCUCUCCGACAUCCUCAAAGUUCACCGACGCUCCGGCGAUCCCAUCGUCGACCUACAAGCCAUCAACAAUGUCACCGGCGGCGGCUAUUAUGCUGACCUGGGCAUCGGUACCCCCCAGCAGGUACUGACCUUUCAUCUCGACACUGGGUCUAGCGACACCUGGGUCAACCUCAAGGGCAAUGACUUUUGCAGAAAUGGUCGUCCAGAGCUUGGUCUUCCUCCCUCUUGCAUGAAGCAGUUCGACCCUACAGCCAGUUCAACCUACCAGACCGCAAUCAGGGGCGGGUUUAAGAUCAGCUACCUCGACGGCAGCACUGCCUCUGGCGACUACUUCAACGACACUGUCACAGUUGGUAACAACUUUACAAUUACACAGCAGCAGCUCGGUCUCGCCAGAACGAGUGGCAGUGCCACCGGCCUCAUGGGUCUAGGCAUGAGCGUCGGUGUCGCCGCCAGGAAGGAGUACCCUACCGUCAUUGACAACCUCGUCUCCCAUGGCGUUAUAGAGACGGCUGCUUUUAGCCUCUACCUCGACUCCAUAACCGAGAGCCACGGCAGCUUCCUCUUCGGUGGCAUCGAUACCAAAAAGUACAUAGGCGACCUCACCACCCUUCCUCUUGUCGCCGACGACAUCCACGGCUCCGAAAACGUUACCUCGUACGCCGUUAACCUCCUAGGGGUUUCCGCCGACGGCAUCACCAUCCCCAGUCUCAAAACCAAGGCCAUCCUCGACACGGGCGCCACUCUCGUCCUGCUUCCCGGACGCAUCGUCAAGCCCAUAUACUCCAAGCUCGGCGUUGUCUCCGUCACUGACGUCGCCACGCCCUUUAUCGACUGCGCCGCUGCCAGCAAGCAGGAUAGCAAGUUCAAGUUCAACUUCCAGUUCAACGGCAAGACCAUUUCCGUUCCUCUCAAGGAAAUGAUCAUCAACUCGUUUGCAGAUCACCAGGAUCUUUUCAAGAGUACAACCUUGAGAAGCCUGUUCAAAAAUAUGGACAAGGUCUGCAUGUUUGGCAUUGCCAGCGCCGACGACUACAAAACCCAGGAGCCCGAUCCGUUCAGCACCGGUGGUAGUUCAGCCAACCAGCCCGAGUACGCUCUUCUCGGUGAUACUUUCCUACGCUCAGCUUAUGUCGUCUAUGAUUUGGAGCGCAAGGAGCUGGCCCUCGCCCAGGCGUACCCCAAAUCCAAUGAAAGCAACGUUGUUGUGCUCAAGGCCAACAGCCCGAUCCCUUCGAUUAAGGGCAUGGACGCUCCUUCCGAGGAAGAAAGUACGAAGAAGGACAGCGCUGCUGGCAUUGCCCGCGCCCCUUCGGCAGCUGCAGCUGCAGCACUGGCGCUUGUCGCCGCUGCUGUCGCCGCUCUGUAA